UGGCAGCACAACAAUAAAUGGCAGCGGCAGGAGGAAAACCAAAAAAAAAAAAAAAAAAAACAGCAAACAGGCAUUAACCGCCAGCAAAACUAUAGUAAUGCGCGCGCAUUUAUCACACACACGCACACAUUAUGAUACUACCACACCUAGUUCAACUUUCUGAUUGUGUACACAUUCCCUCUUCCUCUCCCUCAAUUGUGCUGAUGAUUGCUGGAAACAUUCGUUUAGAACGAAAAGAAAAAUGAAACGAAUUUCACCAUUUUGAUUUUUUUGUUUGCUUCUAGCAAGCUGUUUAUUUUGUUCGACAAUAAUUUUGACUUUUUUUUUCCCAUUUUCUGCACCUGUUUUAUCGUUCGAUUUCAUUUCUAAAUCUUGACUAUUUUCUUUCUUUUUCUUCACCGCCACCACCACCACCACCACCACAACAACAAAAACGACAGCCACCAUCAUAAUCAUAUCAUUUUUACCCACCCCUAAUUGAAUCCAGAAAGAUCCAACCACAAUCCGUACACACACACACACACACAAAUCGUUUGAUCGUGUUUUUGGUCUAUCCACCGGUUUCGGUUUUUUUUCUGGCUGUUGUUGUGUGAGAGAGAGCCACCAUCAUCAUUAUCAUCAACUUCUUCGAUUUUUUUGGCAUUUUUUUCUUGUUGUUUGUUCCACGCCAUCAUCAUCACCACUAUACCACCACACAAAGAUCUAUCGUUUACGAAACUAUCCGAUCAUCAUCAUCACAUCGUCGUUGUUGUCGACAGAAAGGCACCACUAAAUUGUUGUUGUUGUGUGUAGCAAAAAUAAAGAUCUCCUACUCGUUCGUUCGUUUGUUUUUUCUCCAAUUUUCUAUUCGCCAAAUGAAACGUACGUAACUCAUAAACACACCACUCAUACUUAUAAUAAAGAGUAGUGUAUGUAAUUUUUUAUUUUGAAAAUUGUACCACCACACAUCUUGACCGCCACCGAAAAAUAAUGUAUAAUGUUAAUAAAAAUGAGAAAAUGGUAUAAACUGCUGCUGCUAAUGCUUAACCAACCAAACCAAAAAACUAAAAAAUAAUAAUAUCCAAAUGUGACAACAAAUAAUCACAUGGGUGAUGAUGAUUUGAGAUGUUCAUUGCGUUUUUUGGCGGUUUACCGUAUUGUUUCGAAUUGUCUGUUGUCCGGUGAACCGAUAAUACCGGCGAUUCGGUUCGGUUUUCAUUAAUUUGAAACCACCGGCUUCAGAACCACCGUCCAUUUCAUACAUAUCCCGGUUUUCAUUCAUACAUCAAGAAAAAUGUUGUUGCCGGUUAUUUUGAUUGAUUGACAUCAUGUUGAACCUUGAUAUACCUUGAUUGAAUGGCGAAAGCAACAGCAGCAGCAGCAGUAAUACCAUAAUAAGACCCCUAACCUUAUUGAUUUUGAUACAUUUUUUCUAAUUUAAAUUUAAAUUUUGAUUUAAUUUCCAUAUUUUUCUGAUUUCUGAUAUUUUAGGGUCUGUAAUAAUCGAAACAAAGAUCCAUCUGGUGUUGUAUUCUGUCUGUUUGAAUGUUCAGAAAAAAAAGUUGUUCACUAUCAUCUGAUCUGAUCAAUCAAUAAAAAAAACGAAGAAAAUAUAAUUUCAUCAACAAAUCAAGGCCAAGAAAUUUUUUCUUGUUUCGAUAUAUUAUUCACAUUUAACAUCGAUAGCCGUCAUCAUCCUCAUUUUUUUCUCAAUCAUCAUCAUCAUCAUCACUGCUCUGUUGUUGCUGUUGUUGUAUUUGUCCUACAAUCAUCAUCAUCAUCAUCAUCAUCAUCAUCAACAUCAACAACAUCACAUACAAAACCGCUUCUUUUGAAUUUGGCUACUAUAAUUUUGUAAAUAAAAAAAACUUGGACGCUAUUCCAGUUUUAUAUCGUUCCCGUCUUCUAUAAACACAUCAACAUCAUAGUUCGAAGCACAUACAUUGACUGUUAAUACCGUAUACGACGACCACCACAUUACCUUUCCACUGUCUCUCUCUCUCUCACCAUUUAUUGUAUUGUGUGUGUGUUGCGUCCGCAAAAUCGGCAGCAGCAACAGUAAAAAUAACAACAACAACAACAUAGCGAUUUGAAUUCAAGUAACCGGCUAACAACUACCACACCAUCAUCAACAAUAACCAACAAAUAGGAAAAAAAACGAAGCGGUGUAUAUUUGUGAAUGAAAAAAAACAAGUGAAUAAAGAGAAGAAAAAAAAAAAAUCUACCACUAUGGAUGCGAUAGAAAUAAAACCAACAGAGAUCAUCUGUUUACAGACGAAUGAAUCAUUAUUUGAUUUUGAUUUCAUUCGUAAAUGUUUACAUGCAUUAUUGGAAUAUAAAAAUUAUGUACAAAAAUUAUAUAAUGAAUCAAAUAUCAUCAAUGAUGAAAAAUUACGUUAUGAAUAUGAACGAAUUGAGCAAAGAUUUCAGGAAACAAUUCGUGGUAAUGAAGCAUUAUUACAACGAUAUCUACAGGAAGAUUGGGCGACGGAAGAAUUUUCAACAGCAUUACAAACAUUUUGUGAUCCAAAUAUGGACCAAUCAGAUACGGUCACACAAGCUUAUAUUGUACAACAACCACAAACAGCAACCGUACAACAAGCGGUUGAUAAUAUGAAUGCUUCCAAUUAUAAUAAUCUUGGUGAAAAGAAAGAUGUGAUGGCCAUUGCAGCAGCCGAAGUGGUCAUGCAUUCAUAUCGUGAUGGUCUUUAUAUUUGUGGCUGGCCAUCAUGUGAAUAUCAGACAUCAUCUAGACGUCAUAUCAAUAAUCAUAAAUUGGUACAUACUGGUGAUGGAGAAUUCAAUUGCAGUUUUCCAGAAUGUGGUCGUCGUUUUAAAACACGAGAAGAGCUUAAUGAACAUGCAGCCGUUCAUAAUUCUGAUCAUCCAUAUCCAUGUGUUUGGCCUGGCUGUGAAUUUCGUUCACAAACACCUGCUUCAUUGAAAGCACAUAUGCGUGUACAUAUGGAACGUAAAUUCAAAUGUGAAUGGCCUGAUUGUAAUGAAGAAUUCUCAAAAAUCAAUGAAUUAACUCGCCAUCGUUCUGUACAUGAUCAAAAUGGCACAAUGCAACAGAAUAAUCAAUCCGGUGGCCAACAACAGAAUCAACAACAACAAACUGUUCAAAUCGUACAACAACAACAACAACAGCAACCACAACAAGUGACAGUGGUCUCACAGCAACAACCUCAACAUCAACAAAUUGCUCAGAUAAUUACGGCCAAUGCCCAAGGACAACAAGGAGCUACGCUACAACCGACCCAAAUAACUGGCCAAUUACCAAGUGGACAACAGGUGACAUUGAUUCAAUUACAGCAACCGCCUGCAUCGAAUGUUGGAACAGCUAUAGCGCAUAAAACGAUCGUGGCUCAACAACAAUCCGUAGGGACAAAUGUUGGUAAUACAUCAGUGGUCGUACCCAGCACUCAACCACAGCCGAUAACGACAGCGAUUGCAGUGGCCGGAACGAAUGCGAUGAUCAACACACAAUUGUUUCGUUGCAACAAUUCGAAUUGUAGUUCAUUGUUCAGCACAUUAUAUGAUCUCAAGCAACAUAUGAUGCAACAUAGCAAGACUCAGCUAAACGAACACAAAGUUACCCAUUCGAGUGAACGGAAUUACAUUUGUACGGUGGAGAACUGUGGCCGUCGAUAUAAAACUCGCAAAGGAUUGUGGGAUCAUUCACACACCCAUCGACCGGAUAAGCCAUUUGCAUGUUCAUUCCCUAAUUGUACGUAUCGUUGUGUCAGUUCCAGCUAUUUACGUUCGCAUAUGCGUGCACAUAAAGAUCAUAAUCCGAAUGUUGCAAACAAUGCUUCUAAUACGACAACUAUAGCAACAGCGAAUGCAGCGCCGCCGCCACCACAACAACAAGUCGUGGCUAAUGCACCGCAACAAUUUUUUGCUCCAGGAACCAUGAUCCAACAUCCGGAUGGCCAUCAAGAAUUUAUCUGCGGAGUGAUGAACUGUGGUAAAUCAUUCGAUUCACAGGGCGCUUAUCUCAACCAUGUAAAAUCACAUGCACCAAUAUCGACGCCUGCACAGGUGACACAUGCGAUUGCGGCUGCACCACCACCCCCACCACCACCAACACAACCAGCACCACCAAAAUCACGAAGUCGUAAUCCUGAAUUGGCACGAUUUAAAUGUGAAUUUGAAGGCUGUACGGCUGCAUAUAAAUUAAAACGUAAUCUAAAAGAUCAUAUGAUCAGGCAUACAAUCCUAGAGAAACCAUAUCGAUGUGAUUGGCCUGGUUGUGAUUAUGGUUCAUAUAAAUCGACAAAUGUUGCCAAACAUAAAUCCGUUCAUUCGGAUGAACGUAAAUAUGCAUGCGAUUAUUAUAAUUGUGAAAAGAAAUUCAAAACACGUGAAGGUCUACGAAAACAUAUGCUCUCACAUCAUAAACCACCGGUGCUUAAUAAUACGACCGGUACGAUACAACAGCCAACAACAGGCUACAGUUGUUACGAAUGCCACGGCCAUAGUAAAUACUAAUAAUCAAUCGACAGCAACGACAACAAUGCAGGCAAUCAAAUCGGAUGUUAAUAGCCAACAACAAACCCAACAGCAACAACCACAACAAGUAACGG